GCAGGAAGGACUUUUAGAUGACGUCACCAAAUGGAGCCAGGAACUUGCUGUGCCCUUGUGCGAAAAAUUGAUGCCAAUUCAUCUUUGCAAUAGGCAGGUUCCUUUUGAUUGCGUUAGCGUUGAUAAUCUUUGCGGUGCAUCAUGUCACUUGCUGCAGAGGCGUUUGUCUCCCAGAUCGCAGCUGCAGAACCAUGGCCAGAGAAUGCUACUCUGUAUCAGCCACUGAAGGAGGACCAAAUCCUGCUCUCGGAUUGUGCUUCAUCUCUGGCAGUUCAGGCGUACCUCAGGAUGUGCGGCUUGCCAGUACAGGUGCGUUGCCGUGCCAACGCUGAGUACAUGUCACCGUCUGGGAAGGUUCCCUUUAUUCAUGUUGGUAAUCAAGUUAUAUCAGAAUUGGGACCGAUUGUGCAGUUCACUAAAGCUAAGGGUCACUCACUGAGUGAUGGCCUUGAUGAUGUCCAGAGAGCAGAAAUGAAAGCUUACAUGGAGCUGGUCAACAACAUGCUGUUAACAGCUGAGUUGUAUAUUCAGUGGUGUGAUGAUAACACAGCAGCAGAAAUUUCCAGGCCGCGUUACAGUAGUCCGUAUUCCUGGCCUCUGAAUCAAAUCCUAGCCUAUCAGAAGCAGUGGGAGAUUCGUCGGAAGAUGAGCGCAGUUGGCUGGGCAGGAAAGAGUCUUGAGCAGGUGUACGAGGACGUUAGCCAAUGCUGUCAGGCUCUAUCUCAACGGCUUGGAACACAGCCCUACUUCUUCAACAAACAACCUACUGAGCUGGAUGCUCUGGUUUUCGGUCACAUCUUCACCAUACUGACCACGCGGCUCACAAACGACGAGCUCGCCGACAGGAUAAAAGCCUACAGUAACCUGCUCGCUUUCUGCCGACGCAUCGAACAGUCCUACUUCGACGAGCAGGACAAAGACGGCCAGUCGGGAUCCUCGCGUUUCUCCAAAGGUCCAUCCCUAAUAUGAGGGCUCCGCCCCCCUCACUCGUACACCUCCGCCUGAGCAAUCUCCCGCCUCCGUUCUGAUUCGGACGUAGCGAUUGGUGAAAGCGACUGUGAUUGACGGCUUAAGGCAGUUUGUUGACUAAUAAGGGUCAUUGCAUCACUCAUACCCAGUCAGAUUCAGAACAAUGGAAGGAAGGCUAUUUAUUUGGGCGACUCAGCUUUUCUGAAUAUUCCCAAAACACUUUCACAACUGCCUGCCCUCGCUCAGAAUGCCAUAUGUGACAUGUCUCCUUGUUGGGAGUGUUAGUGAGUAGAUGUGUAAUUUGACAGAUUUUUUUUUUCAUUGCAUGCUAGUUAUUUCUGGUUUAAUGUGUAAAUGGAAAAGUGCCUACCAUGAAUUAAACCCAGACCUCAAACUA